AUCUCAGACAUGAAGACAGCCCCCGCCACAUCAAGUCCUCCCUGGACCUGAGCUAUGGGAAACACUGGGAUGAGAUAAACAACAAGCGCAAAGUUCUCCUCAGCCAGUCCUUUAAAAACCAGUCCAGGGAAAAUCACACCAGUUACACUCUGGAGUUUAAUCUCCAGGUCCCAGAGAAAAAUUUAAACUACAGAACUCAGCUUCUGCAUUCUCACGUGAUGCAGCCUGGGUCCGAGAGCAGCACUCACUUAAAAAUUAACUACAACGAUCUGAUGCCGCUGGUGGCGGGAUUACACUGGAAAAGCCCUCCCAGACACGCAAUGCCCAAAAAAUGGGAAGGCUCGUUUAACAUGGACACGCCGUGGCUGUACGUUUACGCCGCCCACAAGCUGGUCCAGCUUCAGCGCCACACGCUCCAGCUCACCUCAGAACUGACCGCCAGGAAGUGGCUGACCGUCCAAAACCUGGUGCUGGAGGGCUUCUGCAGGGACCGGGGCCGAGAGAAGGAGGCCCGCCUGGAGCUCUACUCCCCAGCCGUCACAUACCUCCAGGCAGGGGGUUGGGGUGUGGUCGGAAAGCGAAGUGUGAAAGCCUCCUGCUCCUUCAGCUCGCUGUGGACUCCCCCCCUGAGAGGAGACGUCUCUCUGGAGACCUCUAAAUUCAGCCACACCCUGCAGAUGGCCUCCACCUAUGGCCAGCACAAUGUCAGCCUCGCCGCCGCUCUGAGCGCUAUUGAUAAGAAUUUUAAGAAGAGACAAGCGGUUCUGAAGCUGAUCCUCUCAAAACCGAGGAGUGCGUCCGUUGAGGUGGAGUUUGAGGGGGUGGUGGAGGAGCUGAGGAAGGACCAGCAGAUGUAUCAGAAAAGUGCAUCGCUGCAGCUCAGACAGCCCUUCCCGAUCCUGCCUCAGACUCUCCUCCUGCGGGAGACUUUCACUGUGGACCUCCUCAAGGGCCUUUAUGUCCUGGAGUCCAAAGCUGGUUUCCAUGACAACCAAGAGGUCGUCCACACCCUGACCCUCGGUUACCGACCACCGAGUCCAUUUGUAAGUUAA